GUUGCCUAAAUAUUAUAGAUUUUUGACAUUUUCUAAUUUCCAAAGUUUGACAGAAGAAAAGUUGCUGGUCAUUUUAUUUCGUGUUUCUCUCGAGUUUUUUGUUAAAUAAAAACAUUCAACAAAAUGCCUAUCGAAAACCUGGAAGACCAAGGGUUGGAGAAGAACCCCGAUUUGGAAUUGGCCCAUUUCAAAUUCUUGAUUACAUUGCCAGAAUACCGAAACGACAAAACAGUCCAUGCAAAAAUCACCGAAGCUAUAAAAAAAGAUGAUAUGGCUCCUUGGUAUGACUUAAUUUGUCAAGAAAUUGGCUGGAAAUUGGACGAGAAAUUGUUGAAAACCAUCAAAGCGAAGAACGAUGAACAAGUGAAGAAACUAAACGAAGCUAUUGAGGAUGCAGAGAAAAAUCUUGGCGAAAUGGAAGUAAGAGAAGCUUAUUUAAGAAAAGCAGAGUAUUACAGUAGAAUCGGCGACAAAGAAAACGCUUUAAGCACCUUCAGACAAACAUACGACAAAACCGUCUCUCUAGGACAUCGUUUAGAUAUUAUUUUCCAUUUAAUCAGAAUCGGGUUGUUCUUUAUGGAUCACGAUGUUAUCACAAGGAAUAUUGAUAAAGCAAAAACUCUUAUUGAGGAAGGAGGCGAUUGGGACAGAAGGAAUCGGUUAAAAGUAUAUCAAGGAGCUUAUUGUAUGGCUGUAAGAGAUUUCAAAACUGCCUCAAACUUGUUCUUAGAUACCGUUAGUACUUUUACUUCGUAUGAACUUAUGGAUUAUAAAGCAUUUGUUAGGUACACUGUGUAUACUUCGAUUAUAAGUUUACCUCGUAAUCAGUUAAGAGAUAAGGUUGUAAAAGGCUCAGAAAUAUUGGAAGUUCUACAUUCUGAACCAUUUGUGAAAGAUUAUUUGUUCUCACUGUAUAAUUGUCAAUAUGCAGAGUUUUUUGGAAAUCUCGCAAAAGUUGAAGAAGUUCUUAGAAAAGAUUAUUUUCUAAAUCCCCACUAUCGGUAUUAUGUUAGGGAAAUGAAAAUUUUAGCUUAUACACAGCUUCUGGAGUCCUAUAGAAGUCUUACCUUGCAGUACAUGGCUGAAGCAUUUGGUGUUUCAACUGAGUUUAUUGAUGAUGAAUUAUCUACGUUUAUAGCAACAGGAAGGCUUCAUUGUAAAAUCGAUCGUGUGGGUGGGAUCGUGGAAACAAACAGGCCGGAUUUAAAGAAUGCACAAUUCAAUUCGGUUGUGAAGCAAGGAGAUUUAUUGCUUCAGCGCGUUCAGAAGUUAUCUCGCGUCAUUAACAUUUAAUUUGUGUUUUUUCAGAUAGUAGAGUAAGAAAAUAUGAGUUUUUUUUAAUUUUAACAUAUAAUGCCUGUGAACAGAACAAAAAAAUAAAAAUAAAAAUAAAACAGCUUUCUUACACACA